AUGACGGUAAUCACGAAAGCGAUCACCGAGAAGAAGGCGUCUGACAAAAUGGAGCAGCCAUUGUUUGUGGAGGAAAACGCGGCGGAUGGUACAAAAGCUGAUCCUGAAGCAGCACGUCCAAGAACAGAUACGAUCCCCAGAAGCCGUUGUUUCAUAUCUACAGCAAACAUCCACCGUAUACAUAUAGCGACGACAUUUUUGCUCUUUCUUCUUGCAUUAUCCAUACUGCUUAUUGGCAUGAUCGGUGGGCUAUACAUCUACAAACAGUAUGCGAGGACUCAGAUGCGCAGAUUCAGUACUGGCUGGUACAGCAUUCCAUAUGAUAGCUCGAACAAAGCAUCCUAUGGCAAUAAUGCAGUUCAUCAGGGACUUUUGGCUGAUUCCGAUCUGUUUACCAAGAGUCUCACCAGAGCCAUGGAGCAGGAUGCUCUAGAUAUUGCAAGACACAUAGAUCAUGAUAUCAAUAAUUUCUUCAAGGAGAGAUUUGAGAUUGAUCUUGAAAAUGAGCAUUACGAGAAGAUUGAUGUGCCUGAUUUCCGUGGUGGACGACAAGGUCGUUUCAUACAUGAUUUCAACAUUAAUAAGACAGGUAUUAUAGAUAUUGACGGUCAGUGUUGCUUUGUCAUGCCACUGAAUCGUCAGCGCGUAUUGCCACCUCGUAAUAUGUAUGAUCUCCUUAGAAAAAUGUACAAUGGUUAUUAUGAAGUAAACACUGCAGUCGUACGAGAAACUAUGAGAGUAGUCACACCGCCAAUUACCGAUAUGUCGAUCGUUGGAACAUAUAUAGCGCGUGAAUGCCAAGACCUGCCUACUUAUAUGCUGCAGAAAGUGAAUUCUUCUAGUAUUGUAAAACGCAGCGCAUCACAGAGUGGAGUAUUCGGACAGUUUGCCGGCAAUAAUAUUAUGGAAGUCGAUAUCGUCAAUUUAGAAGACUUCGAAUGAAACUAAGAAAUCGAGGAGAAAUCGUGGGAAUUUUCAAUUAUUCUAGAAUAUUAAAACCACCAGUAGAUCAAUGUAUAAAAAUUAUAAGCUGUCCAGAGCAAGCUUAGGUAAAUAUUCCGUCGAAUUUAGAAUUAUUACUUUGUAUUUUAUUUGUGCAUCAAUUAAUUUCUCAUCCUCUCAUUUUUCUAAACUCAAACGUAUACUUCUAUAUUUAUCGAGAUCUUCUUGUGAGUCUUUCCAUUUCUAUUAGUUAUUCCAUUUUUUAUUAGUUUUAAAUGAUAACUUUACGUCUGUUUUUUCAGUUAAACUUCUUGCGGUUCACCUUUUCUCUCCACGUUGCAGAAAAAAAAA